GGAGUGACUCCCGAAAACUUCCUUCCCACAGCCGCUGAGGGCUGGCCCCGCUGGGAUUUGGACGCUCAGCUCUGUUUGCCAAAGUGCUUGAUUUGCGUUUCAUCCGGUCAGGGUAACUGGCUCAGUGCCAACAGGCGGAUCGCUAGAUAUCAGAAUAAAGCAGAUAUAUAUUUAUUACUACAAGAUGGGGGUUAACCGGAUUCCAGCCCUUCAGGCCGGUCAAGUCUGUUCAGUAUUUUAGUAAGGGCUCGAAAGAGGGAAGGGUAGUUGUGUUUACGAAAUUGGCAGAUGACACCAAACUGGCAGGUGGAAGAAGGAAUUGAGAAUUAUCUUACAUUGAUUCAUACAUGGAAUAAUCUAAGAUCACAGAGCAACAGGUAUCAAGCAAGGUUUAAGAACUUUAAUCCUGAGCCUACCAGAGAAAACAAAAAAGGCAAAAACUCCUCAAAGUGCCUUAAACAUCCAUCACCUUGGACUUCUUGAUGCCAGACUCUUCAAUUAUUCUAAACACUGAAAGACAUCAGUCUUUGUAAGAGGCAAUUCCUGAUCCACUGAGCAAGCUAGAACAACAGACACAGAAUCCAGCAAAUAACAGCACUCAUGGAAGUUGCAAAACACAGAUGAGGCACUUGGCUUCUUGUGGUAUUCUGAUGACCAGAACUUCUCCUUUGCAAACAUCUGUAAUGAGCCGUACUGUUUCAAGAAAUUUCUUCAAUGUUGCUGCACCACUAAUAAAUAAAAGAAAAGAAUAUUCUGAAAGAAGAAUUAUAGGGUAUUCCAUGCAGGAAAUGUAUGAAGUUGUUGCUGUUGUGGAGAAUUACAAACUCUUUGUUCCUUGGUGUAAAAAGUCAGACAUACUCUCGAGGCGCUCUGGGUACUGCAAAGCACAGCUAGAAAUAGGAUUCCCUCCUGUAGUAGAGAGAUACACAUCAAUUGUAACCCUAGUGAGACCACAUUUAGUUAAGGCAUCAUGCACAGAUGGAAAACUCUUUAAUCACUUGGAAACAGUGUGGCGUUUGAGCCCUGGUAUCCCUGGUUAUCCAAGGACAUGUACAUUGGAUUUUUCAAUUUCUUUUGAAUUUCGUUCACUUCUACACUCAAAACUUGCUACACUAUUUUUUGAUGAAGUUGUAAAGCAGAUGGUUGCUGCCUUUGAAAGAAGAGCAUCCAAACUCCAUGGCCCAGAAACCAGCAUCCCUCGGGAGCUGAUGCUGCAUGAAGUUCAUCAGACGUAAAGGAAACCUGUAACAACCUCAGCUAUAAACUUGUUUGUACACUUCA